GAAAGUAAGCAGUCGGUCGCUGGAAAACUUCUGGGCAAGAUGGCCCUGUGGUGACUUAGGCGACCCUGCUCCCGCCCACGGAGCCGCAGCCCACCGGUCGAGCCUCGCACUCCCGCAGCGGUGGAGUUACCCGGCCGCUCUCGCCCAUGGCGGUGGCCGAGCUGUACACUCAGUACAACAGGGUUUGGAUUCCUGAUCCUGAAGAAGUUUGGAAGUCUGCUGAAAUAGCAAAGGACUACAGAGUUGGCGACAAGGUCCUGCAACUCCUGCUGGAAGACGGAACGGAGCUGGAUUAUCCCAUUGACCCAGGAUCUCUGCCUCCGCUCAGGAAUCCUGACAUCCUUGUGGGCGAGAAUGACCUCACGGCCCUGAGCUAUCUCCAUGAGCCUGCUGUGCUCCACAAUCUCAGAAUCCGCUUUGCAGAGUCCAAACUCAUUUACACCUACAGCGGGAUCAUUUUGGUGGCCAUGAAUCCCUACAAGCAGCUGCCCAUAUAUGGGGAUGCCAUCAUCCAUGCCUACAGUGGGCAGAACAUGGGCGACAUGGACCCACACAUAUUCGCCGUGGCAGAAGAGGCCUACAAGCAGAUGGCCAGAAACAACAGAAAUCAGUCGAUAAUUGUGAGCGGGGAGUCAGGAGCUGGAAAGACAGUGUCAGCUCGCUAUGCCAUGAGGUACUUCGCCACGGUCAGCAAGUCCAACAGCAAAGCUCACGUGGAAGACAAGGUCCUGGCAUCCAACCCCAUAACCGAGGCAGUUGGAAAUGCCAAGACCACCCGCAAUGACAAUAGCAGUCGUUUUGGGAAGUACACAGAAAUCAGCUUUGAUGAGAAAAAUCAGAUUAUAGGCGCCAACAUGAGAACCUACCUCCUGGAGAAAUCCAGAGUUGUCUUUCAAUCAGAAAAUGAACGAAAUUACCACAUUUUCUAUCAGCUUUGUGCGUCUGCACAGCAGUCGGAAUUUAAACAUCUAAAACUGGGAAGUGCAGAAGAAUUUAAUUAUACAAGAAUGGGAGGCAAUACUGUCAUUGAGGGUGUGAAUGACCAAGCUGACAUGGUAGAGACCCGGAAGACCUUCACGCUACUGGGUUUGAAGGAGGAUUUUCAGAUGGAUGUUUUUAAGAUCCUGGCAGCCAUCCUGCAUCUGGGCAACGUGCAGAUCACGGCAGUGGGCAACGAGAGAUCCUUAGUUAGCGCGGAUGACAGUCACCUGAAGGUGUUCUGCGAGCUCCUGGGCCUGGAGAGAAGCAAAGUUGCUCAGUGGCUAUGCAAUCGCAAAAUUGUCACAACCUCUGAGACAGUGGUGAAACCCAUGACCAGGCCCCAGGCCAUCAACGCCAGGGAUGCGCUGGCCAAAAAGAUCUAUGCUCACCUGUUUGAUUUCAUUGUGGAGAGAAUUAACCAAGCAUUGCAGUUUUCAGGCAAGCAGCACACUUUUAUUGGUGUUUUGGACAUUUAUGGUUUUGAAACCUUUGAUGUGAACAGCUUUGAACAAUUCUGCAUCAAUUAUGCUAAUGAAAAACUGCAGCAACAGUUUAACCUGCAUGUCUUUAAACUUGAACAAGAAGAAUAUAUGAAGGAAGAUAUCCCUUGGACUCUGAUAGAUUUUUAUGACAACCAGCCAGUUAUUGACCUGAUUGAAGCAAAGAUGGGCAUUCUGGAACUACUGGAUGAAGAAUGUUUGUUACCACAUGGAACUGAUGAAAAUUGGCUUCAAAAACUGUAUAAUAAUUUUGUCAACAAGAACCCCUUAUUUGAAAAACCUAGAAUGUCAAAUACGUCCUUUAUCAUCCAGCACUUUGCUGAUAAGGUAGAGUAUAAAUGUGAAGGUUUCCUUGAGAAGAACAGAGACACUGUCUAUGACAUGCUGGUUGAAACCCUGAGAGCAAGCAAGUUUCGUCUCUGUGCCAACUUUUUUCAAGAAAAUCCCAUUCCUUCUUCCCCUUUUGGCUCAAUGAUCACAGUUAAAUCUGCAAAGCAAGUUAUCAAGUCGAACAGCAAGCACUUCCGGACCACAGUUGGGAGCAAGUUCCGCAGCUCUCUGUACUUGCUCAUGGAGACCCUCAAUGCCACAACACCCCACUAUGUUCGAUGCAUCAAGCCAAAUGAUGAGAAAUUGCCCUUUGAGUUUGACUCCAAAAGAAUUGUCCAGCAGCUGCGAGCCUGCGGCGUUUUGGAGACGAUCCGCAUCAGUGCGCAGAGCUAUCCUUCCAGGUGGACGUACAUUGAGUUCUACAGCCGCUAUGGCAUCCUCAUGACCCAGCAGGAGCUUGCCUUCAGUGAUAAGAAGCAGGUGUGCAAGGUGGUUUUGCACAGGCUCAUCCAGGAUUCUAAUCAGUACCAGUUUGGUAAAACCAAAAUUUUCUUCAGAGCAGGACAAGUGGCUUACCUAGAGAAACUCCGAUUGGAUAAACUGAGGCAGGGUUGUGUUGUCAUACAAAAGCACGUCCGUGGCUGGCUUCAGAGGAGAAAAUUCCUCCGAGAGAGGCAAGCUGCCCUAACCAUCCAGCAGUACUUCCGGGGCCAGCAAACUGUGAGGAAAGCUAUCACCGCCUCGGCCUUGAAAGAGGCCUGGGCGGCCAUCAUCAUUCAGAAGCACUGCCGUGGGUACCUCGUCCGCAAUCUGUACCAGCUGAUCCGUGUGGCCACCAUCACCAUCCAGGCCUACACCCGAGGAUUCCUGGCCAGGAGGAGGUAUCGAAAGAUGCUGGAGGAACACAAGGCUGUGAUCCUUCAGAAAUAUGCACGGGCAUGGCUGGCCAGGCGCAGAUUCCAGAAUAUCCGACGAUUCGUGCUCAACAUUCAGCUGACUUACAGGGUCCAGCGUUUGCAGAAAAAGCUGGAAGAUCAGAACAAAGAGAACCAUGGGCUGGUGGAGAAGCUGACCAGCCUCGCUGCUCUACGGGCCGGUGACACAGAAAAGAUUCAGAAGCUGGAAAUAGAGCUGGAAAGAGCGGCCACCCACAGGCAGAAUUACGAGGAGAAGGGCAGAAGAUACAAGGACACCGUGGAAGAGAAAUUGGCAAAGCUUCAGAAGCAUAAUUCAGAACUGGAAAUACAGAAAGAGCAAAUACAGUUGAAGCUUCAAGAGAAGACCGAAGAGUUGAAAGAAAAAAUGGACAACCUCACCAAGCAGCUGUUUGAUGAUGUACAAAAAGAAGAACGACAAAGAAUACUUCUUGAAAAAAGUUUUGAGUUGAAAACACAAGACUAUGAGAAGCAGAUACAGUCUCUGAAAGAAGACAUUAAAGCUCUCAAGGAUGAGAAAUCACAGCUCCAUCAUCGACUGGAGGAGGAGCGUGUCACCUCGGAUGGCCUCAAGGGGGAAGUGGCUCGGCUGAGCAAGCAGGCUAAGACCAUCUCUGAGUUUGAGAAGGAGAUCGAGCUGCUUCAGACGCAGAAGAUAGACGUGGAAAAACAUGUGCAAUCACAGAAACGAGAAAUGAGAGAAAAGAUGUCAGAGAUCACCAAACAACUCCUCGAGAGUUAUGACAUUGAAGAUGUAAGAAGCAGGCUUUCUGUUGAAGAUUUGGAACAUUUAAAUGAGGAUGGAGAACUCUGGUUUGCUUAUGAAGGACUAAAGAAAGCAACACGUGUUUUGGAGAGUCAUUUCCAGUCUCAGAAGGAUUGCUAUGAAAAGGAAAUUGAAGCUCUGAACUUCAAAGUGGUGCAUCUAAGUCAAGAAAUCAACCACCUGCAAAAAUUGUUUAGAGAAGAGAAUGACAUCAAUGAAAGUAUCCGUCAUGAAGUUGCGAGGCUGACAUCAGAAAACAUGAUGAUCCCAGACUUUAAACAGCAAAUUUCAGAGCUAGAGAAACAGAAGCAAGAUCUUGAAAUUCGUCUGAAUGAACAAACUGAGAAAAUGAAAGGAAAACUAGAAGUGUCUAAUCAGUUAAAUCGCCAUCUAGAAGAGGAAGGAACACAAAGAAAGGUAGCAGAAGCCCAGAAUGAAAUACACUCCAAAGUGAAAGAGAAGAUGAUGGAUAAGAUCCAAGAACUGCAGGAGGCCAGCGAGCACCUGAAGAAGCAAUGUGAGACUGAAAGUGAGGUUGGGAACGAUUUUCGGCAGGAAGCUUCUCGUCUCACUUUGGAAAACAGGGACCUUGAAGAAGAGUUAGACAUGAAGGACAGAGUGAUUAAAAAGCUACAAGAUCAAGUCAAGACUCUAACCAAGACGAUUGAAAAAGCCAAUGAUGUGCACUUGUCCUCGGGACCCAAGGAGUACCUUGGAAUGCUGGAAUACAAGCAAGAAGACGAGGCCAAGCUCAUUCAAAACCUCAUUCUUGACCUGAAGCCCCGUGGUGUGGUUGUGAACAUGAUCCCUGGACUGCCGGCUCACAUCCUGUUCAUGUGUGUACGCUACGCAGACUCUCUAAAUGAUGCCAACAUGCUGAAGUCCCUUAUGAACAGCACCAUUAAUGGCAUCAAGCAGGUGGUUAAGGAUCAUAUAGAAGACUUUGAGAUGCUGUCCUUUUGGCUUUCCAAUACCUGUCACUUCCUCAAUUGCCUGAAGCAGUACAGUGGAGAAGAGGAAUUCAUGAAGCAUAACAGUCCAAAUCAGAAUAAGAAUUGCUUGAACAAUUUUGACCUUUCAGAAUAUAGACAGAUUCUUAGUGAUGUGGCCAUACGAAUAUAUCAUCAGUUCAUUAUCGUAAUGGAAAAUAACAUCCAACCAAUAAUAGUGCCCGGCAUGCUGGAGUAUGAGAGUCUGCAGGGCAUCUCCGGCCUAAAGCCCACCGGCUUCCGGAAGCGGUCAUCCAGCAUAGAUGACACGGACGCUUACACGAUGACCUCCAUCCUGCAGCAGCUGAGCUAUUUUUACACCACCAUGUGCCAGAAUGGCCUGGACCCGGAGCUCGUGAGGCAGGCAGUGAAGCAGCUGUUCUUCUUGAUUGGGGCAGUCACCCUGAAUAGCCUUUUCCUGCGCAAGGACAUGUGCUCCUGCAGGAAAGGGAUGCAGAUAAGGUGCAACAUCAGCUACUUAGAAGAAUGGCUUAAGGAUAAGAAUUUGCAGAACAGCCUAGCCAAGGAAACUUUGGAGCCCCUCUCUCAGGCAGCCUGGUUGCUCCAGGUCAAGAAGACCACAGACAGCGAUGCCAAGGAGAUCUAUGAACGCUGCACCUCACUGUCAGCUGUGCAGAUAAUAAAGAUCCUUAAUUCAUACACACCUAUAGAUGACUUCGAGAAAAGAGUGACUCCAUCCUUUGUUCGCAAAGUACAGGCACUUCUGAAUAGCCGGGAGGAUUCAUCACAGCUGAUGUUGGAUACCAAAUACCUCUUUCAAGUCACAUUUCCUUUUACUGCCUCUCCACACGCUCUGGAAAUGAUUCAGAUCCCCAGCAGUUUCAAGCUAGGCUUUCUCAAUAGAUUAUAGGUGGAGAAAAGGUCAAUGCAUCGUUCCCUCCAAGCGUGAGUGAAGGCUUAUUCCCUGAACUGGAAAUGCCCUGAAUGUGAUUUCAGGAAGAAAAGAAUGUUCUUCCCAAGAGGCCACAACUCUCACUCGUGCUGGUGCUGCUGCUGCUGUAAUUUUGUAAGAGUCAACACACUCCAGCUUGGUUGGAAAGACCCCAUCUCACUUCCGAAUCUCAGUCGGCUUUUACUGGAAUUCCUGGAAGGAUCAUAUUUUCUUCCAGAUACCUUUGAUCUAAUCUGUCUUGUGACAGGGCUUCCCCCUAGGGAGUGAGAUCUGGGGGCCAGUGGCUUCCAACACUUUUGAGGUUCCUGUGAAGCUCCUUAAGAAGCCAUGCGUGGGUUCUAUGGCUGUGUCUUCUAGGAAAUAGUCUCAUUUGACUACCAGACCCACCCAAAGUUCCCUUGCCCCAUGCCUGCUGGGGCACAGGGGUGGGAGGCAGGUUCAAUGACUUUUUUAAAAGUUUUACUAUAAAACAUCCCAAUAUAAAAAAUAUAUGUAUUUCUUACUUCAGACUCCUCUAAUUUUUAAGAGAAUAUUCAAUCUCAAAUUAACCAUAAGAAGUAUUUUAUGUACAUAUCUAUUUAAAACAAAUAUAUUAUCAAGCCUUAAUUCCUGUGCCAUUUACCAUAUUCUCUGAAAGAACAUUUCUUUAAAUUGUAUCUGCCAACACAUUUGCCAUACUUUUCAUUGUUUAAUAUUUUUAUGCAAUAACUUUUAAAACCAAGUUUAAAAAGGCAACCUAAGAGGUUUUUUUCCUACCUAAUCAGCAUCCCAAUAUAUAUUUAAAUUUUCUCACAAAAGUAACUUAAGAUGCCAGGUGCAGUGGCACAGACCUGUAAGGCCAACAGUUUGGGAGGUUGAGGCAGGAGGAACGCAAAUUCAAAACCAGCCU